UGGGCGGGGCCUGGGCCGGGCAGCUCCAAAGGCCGCGAUUUCACAUCGGAAACAAAACAGCGGCUGCUCGGGAAGGAACCUCAGCUGCUAGAGGCCGGUGGUGGCGGCGAGGAAAGGAUCCAGGUUGCCUCUGCUCCUGCGCUCCCACUACUGUUACAUCAGAUUGCAGGGAGAGACUGCUUUUGGAUGUAUUCUGAAAAACCUUUCAGAGCCCGCUGAUACUGCCUCUCCUUCAUGUGAUAGAUGCCAGGCAGAUUUGAAAGACCUAAUCCAGGAGCCUGCAAGUGACAGCAGCCUGCGAGGUUCUUAGAAAGCUUGGCCUGGAGGAUAACACAUGAAAGAAAGAACCCCAAGAGGCUCUGUUUUCUGUGAAAAAGUAUUUCUAUACAGUUGCUCCAAUGACAGAGUUACCUGCACCCUUGUCCUACUUCCAGAAUGCACAGAUGUCGGAGGACAACCACCUGAGCAAUACUGUACGUAGCCAGAAUGACAGUAGAGAGCGGCAUGAGCACGGCAGCGAGAGGCGGAGGCAUGGCAACUCUGAGUCGUUAUCCAAUGGCCGAGCCCCCGGUAACUCGCAGCAGCAGGUGGUGGAACAAGAGGAAGAGGAAGAUGAGGAGCUGACGUUGAAAUAUGGCGCCAAACAUGUGAUCAUGCUCUUUGUCCCCGUGACUCUCUGUAUGGUGGUGGUCGUGGCCACCAUCAAAUCAGUCAGCUUUUAUACCCGGAAGGAUGGGCAGCUAAUCUAUACGCCAUUCACAGAAGACACCGAGACUGUGGGGCAGAGAGCCCUGCACUCAAUUCUGAAUGCUGCUAUCAUGAUCAGCGUCAUUGUCAUCAUGACUAUUCUCCUGGUGGUUCUAUAUAAAUACAGGUGCUAUAAGGUCAUCCAUGCCUGGCUUAUUAUUUCAUCCCUAUUGUUGCUGUUCUUUUUCUCAUUCAUUUACUUGGGGGAAGUGUUUAAAACCUAUAAUGUUGCCAUGGACUACAUUACAGUUGCACUCCUGAUCUGGAAUUUUGGUGUGGUGGGAAUGAUUGCCAUUCACUGGAAAGGUCCACUGAGACUCCAGCAGGCAUAUCUCAUUAUGAUCAGUGCCCUCAUGGCCCUGGUAUUUAUCAAGUACCUCCCAGAAUGGACCGCGUGGCUCAUCUUGGCUGUGAUUUCAGUAUAUGAUUUAGUGGCUGUUUUGUGUCCAAAAGGCCCACUUCGUAUGCUGGUUGAAACAGCUCAGGAGAGAAAUGAAACUCUCUUUCCGGCUCUUAUUUACUCUUCAACAAUGGUAUGGUUGGUGAAUAUGGCAGAAGGAGACCCAGAAGCCCAAAGGAAGGUAUCCAAAAACUCCAAUUAUAAUGCACAAAGCACAGAAAGUGAGUCACAAGACCCUGUGACAGAGAGUGAUGAUGGUGGCUUCAGCGAAGAGUGGGAAGCCCAGAGGGACAGUCGCCUGGGGCCUCAUCACUCUACGGCUGAGUCGCGAUCUGCUGUACAGGAUCUUUCCAGCAGCAUCCUGGCCAGUGAGGACCCAGAGGAAAGGGGAGUAAAACUUGGAUUAGGAGAUUUCAUUUUCUACAGUGUUCUGGUUGGUAAAGCUUCCGCAACAGCCAGUGGAGACUGGAACACAACCAUAGCCUGUUUUGUAGCCAUAUUAAUUGGUUUGUGCCUUACAUUAUUGCUCCUUGCCAUUUUCAAGAAAGCAUUGCCAGCUCUUCCAAUUUCUAUCACCUUUGGGCUUGUUUUCUACUUUGCCACAGAUUAUCUUGUGCAACCCUUUAUGGACCAAUUAGCAUUCCAUCAGUUUUAUAUCUAGCAUAUUUGCAGUUAAAAUCUCAUGGAUUUUUCUCCUUUGACUAUAAUAAAAUCUGGGGAGGACAAAGGUGAUUUUCCUGUGUCCACAUCUAACAAAGUCAAGAUUCCCAGCUGGACUUUUUGCAGCUUCCUUCCAAGUCUUCCUGACCACCUGCACUAUUGGGCGUUGGAAGGAGGUGUCUACAGAAAAUGGUUUUGAACAUGUCAUUGUGGUGGACUGAGUCCCUCAGUGCAGAAACUGCCAGAUUUGAGGGACAAGAACAAGGCAAAGUGAUGGCCCAGAAAGUUGCUGUGGUCCCACCAGCAGGUUGACCUUUGGUCACAGGUGGAUUUUACCAACGCUGCAGACUCUCAGGACUACCAUUACCAAGAGAUUAAAUGAAAUGGUUUAAACCAAACAGGACUCUUCAUCUUAAACUACAUGUUGAAAAUCAACCUAAUAAAUCUGUAUUGAAUUCUGAACCUUUUUGGGAGAUACUGUAAGGAGAGCAGGCACCAGAGCAAAAUGGAAAGAUGGAAAGGGGCUCAAACUUUCAGAUUUUUUGCUGCAGACUUACCAUUUUUAAAUAAGACUUUUUUUCACCUGAGUCAAGUCAGAGGUGUAGGUUGAUUUUGACACUUCUUGUUCUCAAGCACUGAAGCUCAUUACCAUCUGUGGCUGCCAUUUCUUCCCAAGGCCAGUCUGAACUUACUUGAGGUUGCUUUAUCUUAAAAGUCUUAACCUCAGGUUCCAAAUGCAGUCAUUUAUUUCUGGAAAGAGUGGAACUAUAACUCAACGAUUCCCUAUUACCCUUAAGUAAAUUCUGGAUUUUCCACCAAAUUCCUAACUUUUAGGCAUACUUGUAGGUUCACUUGCCCCCAGGUCCCUCCCUCCUUCCGUCUCUCUCCCGGUACUCCCCUCACAAGCACUUCUAUACAGCGAAUAAGACAGCUCUGUUGUGGAAGCAGGUGAUCCAGUUGUUCCAGGAUUUUGCUCUGUGUGUGGUGCAAAGAAUGUGUCAUGAGUCAGUGCUAUCAGCCUUGCUGUCAUACUUUCUUAAAUAGCAAAUGCAAUGUGCCCAAAGACAGUAGGAUUAAAGAAGAGUAAGAUGGCAGGUGAAGCACUUUCUGUCCUGGAUUGUCUUUUCUUUUUAACUACAACCCAUUGUCUCUUGACAGUAGGUCAGAAUUUGAACCAAUAGCCAAAAGCUGGUGGUUUAUAAAGUUUAUGAGUCAGUUGUAUCAGUACAAAGCUUGGAGAUAGCUGUUACUUCACUUGGUGAGCUGUGGGAGAACCAAGGGUCAGGGGGAGAACCAGCGGCCAAGAGGAGAGAGGAGGGGCCUCCAACAGCCAAUGGGACAAGAGCUCACGGCCUGGGAAGGAGGGGAUCUGAGUGAUUCCUCAAGAACCCCACAAUGGGUGUUUUGUGUUUUCCCUUCCGCGUUACCUUUCGUUUCAAUGUACCUUUGUGAGAAUUGGGCUGCAGAGUUCAGGCCCUGUGUAGUUCAGCUGUGCAAUGCAUAUGAACAGAGCCCGCCGCCUGUGGGCACACAGCACCUCCGGAUGAAGCUUUGCCGGGGCACACCCCCUCUUUUACCAUGGACAGCCCUCAGCCAUGGUGAUCAGACUCUAAGCAUUUGUGAGAAACUUAGUUUCUCCUUGUGGCUGAAGAGAGGCCAGCUUUCCCUCUGUUUCCUGCUGCUUGCUGUCUCUCCAGCCAUCAUUUGAUCUGGUUUGGGGUUCUCCUUGGAGUUUAGAGUAUUUGUUUUCUGCCAUGGAAUAUUUCUUAUAAGAAACUAACUUUAGGGUAAUGUGCUGGUACUAACCUGUGUGUAAAAACUGGCUCCUCUUAGGCCCUUUUUCCCAAGAUUUUCUUUUUCUCCUCAGAUAUGUGACAGUGUGGGUAUUAUCUUCCAGGAAGACAUGCAGUUCAACAGUUACAACAAAGCCACCUGAACACUAAUGUGUGAUUUGAAGACUUGAAGCAGUCUUGAAGGGAGCCCUGACCUACAGUAGUUUAUUUGUGUGAGGAUCCCAAAUAUGCUGUGUCUUUCAUGAAGGGUUUAUCUCUGAAGAGGGUGUGUGGUGUGUGUGAUUGUGUUCAAAUCCGUCCUAUGUAUUGCUGUCCUCUGUAGAAAGAUUGCAAUAGACCUGUCACUUUCUGCAAGAUGCAACCACAUCUCAGCGUAGAGAGAAUACAUCUUCUUUCUUUAAAGCACCGGUCUCAGACGCAGACUUUUCCGUAGAACCUUCUUAGAGUCAAUUCAGUUGUUUCUGAAAUAUCAAAAUGCUAGUCUUUCACCAUGAAAAAUAGAUUGUCACCAGAGAAAACAGUAGCAAUUCCACUGAGGAUGCGCCCUCACCCAGGGGCAAGGGGUGGCUGUGGAACCAGACAGAACAAAUGAUAAAACCUGACCAGCCCAGCUGACCUGCUUAAUAAAAAAGAGAGGACAGUAGGAAUAAGGGCGACCCCUGAUGUCUGUGUCUGACUGGCCUACAGAAGAAUAGAGAGUGUUUACAUGCAGAAUGUUGCCACAAACUAGCCUAUGGAAAUGCCAACCAUAUUUGGAGGAUUUGUAGAGGAUUUUUUUUCAAAGAGGAAGGGAUCGCUUCUCUGUUUUUGAUUCUCACCAGGUUAGUGUGUGGUCCUCAGAUCACAGCUCUCACUGUAAAUAACUCUCUUGGUCAGAAAAAGGAGAAACUUUCUAAGCAACUUGAAAGAAAAUCAUAAGUGAACAAUUUAUUGAUUUCACUACAGAAGCAACAACUGACGAGGUGGUGUUUUUACUUUUAAACUCCCGGAUCCCCAUUUUUCAAAGUGUCCCUUGGUUUUAAAAACCCUCCUUCCAUAACAGAUGCCCAAACAAAUAAUAUGUUUAAUACUUGCCCUUUACUUGGCCUCAACAAACUUUAUAUAUGUAGUCUUGAUCGUAUUUUGUAAAAUGUGAGACAGAACUACCACAUAAGAUCUUCCAGGGUCAGACAUCUCAAGGAAGCCUCUGGUCCUGACCCCCAGUGCCUGGCCUUGCGUAUUUGCCCAUUCAUGAUGUAGCCCUGAAGAAAAUGAGCUCAGAAACCACUAUGAAAAAUUUUAUUCAAUGUCUUCUGUGUUGCUGGCGUGGUGCUGGAGUCUAAGGAUGCAAAAAUGAGUAAGAUGUAACCUCAGAAUGUAGCUGUAGUCUCUUGUUUUCUGGUAAAUACCAGCUUUAACUUCUCUAAAAUAUUAGCUACCUGUCAAUAACCCCUUUUCAUGGUAACUGUUAUUGAGGGCUUAUAAAAUUGAUGUUAUGAAAUGGUGACUUGAGUCUUCCAGAAACCAAUCCUUCCAGUAAAGUACUCCUUUUUCUCUAGAUUUGCUUUUGUCAUUCUCCUCAACUCCAAGAGGAUCCUGAACGCUGAGUUUGGGAAGAGACUUGAAAACUGGAUGUUUGGUUUUGCCCUGGGAUGAGACAAUAUCAUCAUAAAUUUGAGCCAAGAAGUGAUCCUUGUGAUCUUCUUGCCUCAUUUUAAAUUCCCCAGACACAGGAGAUUAAAAAGUGGUUUCAGCUCUUCACAACCCUCAUUGAAGCUGCAGAGCAGGGUAUCCCAACAAGGCCACCAUCACACUCACAUCCCAAAUCAUCUGGAUAGCAUCAUUGGAACAGUCCUCUCCUCUGGCAAGAAACACCUCAGAUCUGUGCAUUAAAGAUCAGCCUGGUGCUGAAGUGAACUCCCUUCUUGAAUGUCUAAGCUGUUUCCCAGGGCCUCGGACAGCUUCAGCGUUGCCCUGAGGAAGUAGUUGGGUCCACCCUGGGCCCUGGAAUCUGGUGUUAGCACUUCAGCCUGGUCUGUGUAGCAGGAAGGACUUCCCAGAAAGCAAUUUUCCUUUUAAAAUAAGUAAGUGUUACAACAGGACAGUUUCCAAGUCAACUAUGUAGAGUAUUGAGUACAGGACUGUCAUGUUUAUGGUGCUAUCAAUGUGCUGGGGUGUGGGUUUCAGUGGGAUCAUUUACCCUCACGUGUUCAUUGUCUGGCUUUUGCUUCUACAGACACUGCUUUGUACACAAUUCAGACAGACUGUGAAUACAUCUUUUUUAAAUACCUUUCAAAUUCUUGGUAAGAUAUAAUUUUGAUAGAUGAGUGCAGAUUUUCCUGUUUUUUGUCAAAUUAAUAAAGACCGCAUGACUCCA